AUGGAGAUCAGACACUGCAGCAGCAGCAGCAGCAGGAGGAGGAGAGGCGGAGGUCCAACACCCCCACACUGCUGGGGGGAAUCCCUGCUAAAUACAAGGCUGGGGAUCACAGUCCUGCCAGCCUCAGUCACAGCAGCAGUGCCCUGUCCUCCAUCACUGCCUACAUGGGCAGGGGGGUCCUCUAACCUCCCCCUGCCCCAACCUAUUCUGUAGCACUCCGCUCUAGAACAAAGUCCUCUUUAUACUGUCGCCAUGGGAGCAGCACACAGGAGCUGACUCUGCCUGUCUACUCUGUGCUCUACUUGUAGCUGUCUUCUGAACACAUCCUGCAAUACUACGCCAUGCUACCCAGACCCAAGAACACCUUCACCCUCAAGCAGGACCCCAGAGAGACCAUGGUCAGAAGCUCAAAGUCUCCCAAGAUAAACCCCCGCAGCGCUGGGCUGAAGUGCCUGCCAGGCGAACAAGUUCUUGAACAAUCCUUGAGGGUCAGGAGACGCUUACAUUUUAAAGACGACCACCAUGAUGUUUUUGGAACCCUGUAUUGCACCAGCCACCGCAUCGCCUUCAGGCCGGAUUGUUUCAACAGCCCUCAGGAUUCCUCCGAGGAGGUGAUAUUUGACAGUGACAAUGACAUCGCCCUACCCUGCGCUGACAGGAUUUUGGCAGUGGCCAAUCAGAGUAAAGUGAAGGUUGUCACCCCCUCGCUGAGCCUGAAGUUUGUCCCGGAGGAAUUGCUGAUCUACUGUAGAGGGUUCCGGCUGAUGCACUUCCAUUUCAGUGACAAUGGCUUGAAGACAGAAGCCUUCAGUAUGACAAAUACAAUGGUGAAGAACCAGCAGGUUAUCAGCUCAGUGGUGCAGCAGGAGGCCAUGCUAAGAAGUCUAGAUAAGCGGGAGAGUACGACACCGAUGGACUAUCCUACACGUAUGUUCGAGUCAGCUGAGGAUUGGCAGAAUGAAAUUGAAAGACUGGGGGCUACUGCCUGGAGAGUAACGCCCCUCAAUGAACGCUGUGACACCUGCACCAGCCUCUCCAAGUAUUUUGUGGUUCCCUGUAAGCUGCUCGACAAUGACUUGAAAAAGACAUUUGCGCACUUCCAGCAGAGACGCGUUCCUAGGUGGACGUGGCAUCACCCCGAAGGAAGUGACCUACUGAGAUCGGCUGGACUUCAGAACAACACGGACCCUGAUAAAGAGGACGUGAGGUCGAUAAGGUCCUUGUUAUUCGGCAACCAUUCUCAGUGUGUGAUCAUUGACACGAGCGAGGACCUGCCUUCUGUAGCCGACAUCCAGGUCUCCUUCCUCAAGCUGCGUGCCUUGUGUUGUAGUGAUACCUCUACACCAGUGCCUAAUGAGAAAUGGCUGUCAAAUCUAGAAGGCACCCGCUGGCUGGACCAUGUAAGGUCGUGUCUGAAGAAAGCCAGUGACGUUUCCAUAUUGUUAAGCGAGAGGAACAGAUCUAUUGUUCUACAAGAGCCCGAGGACAGGGACGUGAACUGCCUCCUGACAUCGCUGGUGCAGGUGUUAUCGGACCCUUACUCCAGGACGUUGCCCGGCUUCCAGAGCUUGAUCCAGAAGGAAUGGGUAUCGGCUGGACAUCCCUUCAUGCAAAGGAUCAAUCACUUCAGACAGUCAGACAAGGAAGAAUCCCCGGUGUUUCUGCUCUUCCUGGACUGUGUCUGGCAGUGUCUGCAGCAGUUCCCCACCGCCUUCCAGUUCACCGAGUCUUACCUCCUGGCAUUACAUGACAGCACCUACAACCUGUUCUGCAGCACCUUCACCCACAACUGCCACUGGGACCGCAUCAGGGGGAGCCAGCGGCACUCAUUUAGUCAGACUUACACCCCGGUAAAUGGUUGGAGGUACAUUGUGCGUGAGAAGGUAUUACUAAACGGAGACUAUAAGCCGGUGGAAGAGAUGAAGUCAGCUCCACCGACAGUUUGGGAAUGGAGUCUGUUCUACCGUCACUCCCGUAGGCAGCAGUUUCUCAAUCCCAUGUACCACGUCAGGGAACAGGCGGUAUUAAAUGGCAAUGGAGUCAACCAUAACACGGACAAGCUGAAUGUCUCCGACACCUGCAAUAUGUAUCUACUUUCCAAAGGCGUGCUGGUAUUACAGUCUCCAUUCUUCCCAAGAAAAAGUGUCACAGUGUCAAAGAGAGGAGCGCGACGUUCCCAGUCUGUGGACAGCUUGCUGGAAGAAGAGAAGCAAUUUAGGAGCAACAUCUCCUUGGAGCAGUCCAGUAUGGACCUUCUACUUCCCCUGUGCGUGGGGCCCUGGGUCAGGCUGUGGAAACGCUGUUACUUGGGUUGCGCCACAGAAGUUAAGGGUAACAACCAGCGCCCCCCAGUGACCAGUCUAGCCGAGGAACUGAAAUUUCUUGAAGACAAGCUGAGGAACCUACAGGACCAAAGACACCAUGGCUCGGUUCUGCCUGAUGUAAAAGGCGGCUCCUCAUCGUACAGAUAGCGGGGCGGACACGUCCCUCUGAGGAGACAUCAAAACCAUGAAAUGUGGCAGGACGGAGACAACACACAUGGAGGAACAAUGUGGAGACUACUUGAAUGGUGGUCCUCCAUGGCUGGGACCUAAAGUGGAUUAUGGGAGCACAGCCUGUACACUGCAAAUUUAUAUUUAUACUGCCUUUUGUUAACAGGAACGGUCGAAAUUUACUAAAAUUGUCCAAAAGAGUCCAAAAACACUGCUAUUAGAUCUGGAGUAGUAAAAACGAUGGUUAAAAAAAACUCACAGCUUAUACUCCAGAGCUGCAUUCACAAUUCUACUGGUUGUCAUUGGAAUCAGUCAAGUAGCUUGUCGUCGGACACGCCUCUUAAACGUAGCGGAGCCCUUACAAGGUCUUUUUCGCGUACGUGUACUGUCCAUGGAUCGCUCACACAUCCAUUGACGUUAAUGAGGCCUGGUGUAAAGAGGACACGUCCCAUAAAGCAAUUUACCACAAAAAGCUCAGUACAGACAUUAAGGGCCAAUUUGUGACAAAAUCUCUUCCAGUCGUCGCCAUGGACUGGACACUGUGCUAUUUACAUGCCCAUUACCACUGGAGUCGGCCAUUUUGUGACAGAACAAUAUUCUGUGGUAAUAUAGUGUAUAAAUUCCUUAUCAUCCUCACUAGCUGACAAAAUGGCUACCUACACAAAAUGGAGGUGCUGAAGAUGAGCCUACUAGUGCAAGCAACCAAUCGGAUUCCAGCUUGUAAGGCUUCUGAUUGGUUGCUAGGGGCGACUGCUCUACUCCCUGUAUACAUUUUCACUACGUAAAGACGCCCUCAUGGCUGCCGCUCUAUAAUGUAACUGUCAGGCAGAUAUUUUAGGGAACACUCCUGCCCGAUAUCGUCUUUUGUAAUAUGACUCCCACUGUAUUACAUUGACUCUCAAAAUUUCUUUCUCUGUGAGAAAUAUCUUGAGUAAUUUACCCGCUGACCUAGAUAUAAGGCCCCGAGUCGUCUUCCACUGCCAUGUGGUCACUAUUUCGAUAUUUCACGCCAUUUCUCAUCUGUUUCUGCCAAAACAAAAUGUCCGCCAUCACUGGGCUUGACGACGCUAAUUAGUUGCUCCCAGGUGACGAUUCUGAAGGGGCUGUGACGGCGGCCAUCUUGGUUUCCCAGAAGGAGAUGCAAUCUCUAUUAGACAUAUGGCGAUAGCGUGCUGUACUAAGCAGCAUUCCCAGUAUGCCGACCGCCUUGUGGCGGUAUGACGCGUGCGGUACAUUAGAUAGCGCUACUCGAUUACGUGUAUAUUUUUGUAGUGAUGUAAAAGCGUAUUAAAAAGAUAUUUAUAAUAAAACAUCUUGAGAGACGA